GGUAAAAAUUCAGAACGAGUAAUAUCAGGGAUUUGAGUUGAUUGUAAUUACUAAUUUUAUGUUAAAAAGUACAUUAUGCCUACCUACAAACUGAUGUACUUUGAGAUUAAGGCGCGUGCUGAGAUAAUCAGAUUGACCCUAACAGCCGCAGGACAAGAAUUCGAAGACAAAAGGUUUACAAGAGAAGAAUGGUUAAAAGUCAAACCAACUAUCCCACAGAACCAAUUACCAUGUCUGCAGGUGGAUGACCGAAUUAUUCCACAAUCUGGUGCCAUUUUGAGAUACAUCGGGAGGGCCUUUGGUUUAUAUGGUGAAAAUAAUGACGAAAGUACGCAAAUUGACGUCAUUCUCGGGGCUAAUGAUGACUUCUUAAAAUACGUCAUUACUGCUUGGUACGAGAAAGACGAAACAAAACAAGCAGAAUUAAAGAAAGAUCUUGAAGAAAACAAACUGCCACAAUUUUUCAAUUUAAUGGAGGGAAUUCUGAUGGAAAAUAAUGGAGGGGAUGCGUUCUUUGUAGGAAAUAAAAUGUCGAUUGCAGACCUUCUGCUCUUUGACACAACAGAUCAAGUCGGUGAUUUUGUUAAACUUCCGCCUAUUCCGCCCAAGCUUGGGACUCUGAUAGAGAAAGUGAAAAACAAUCCGAGAAUUAAGGAGUACAUCUCAAAACAAGCCUCAAAAUAAACAGGAGAAUCUGAGCGUACCGGUAAUCCCUCAUUAUAGGUGCUUAUAACAGCUACUGAAAUGUUGUUCAACAUGUUUGAUGGACAUGGGAAAGACUAGUAAAAUAAUCAAUUCAAAUUAAGCAGGAAUCAUUAUUGAGUGGUGUAAUUAUUAACUGAAACGUGUAAGUUUGUUAUUCAUCUAUAGGCUGUAUCUCAUCUCUGCGUGUAAUUCAGUAUGCUACUUGAUAAAGAUGUGUUUUGCUGUCACAUUAUUUAAAA